CUGCUGCGGAAAGGCAUUCCCGGGAAGCAGUGGAUCGGAAAGUACCGGCGCCCCCGGCCGGUUACCUGGCAGAUGAAACGCAACAUGCUGGAGAGUCUGGAGCGGGAGGCCGAGAACGAGUACUGGAUCAGCCGGCCGUACAUGACCGUGGAGCAGGAGCACAAGCACGCCUCGGAGCGCAGAGCCCAGGCUUGGCUGAAGAUCAAGGAGGCCUCCUUCACAAAUUUCCCUCAACACAAAAGCAUAACGGACCACCUGAGCCAUCUGAAAACCACCAAGACCUGGUGA